AUGGAGCCGACCUUCCCUCCGCUCUCGCGGCUCUUCGUCGUCUGCGGCCGCAGCUUUGACGCGGAUGGCCUCGAGGCCGUCUUUUCCAAGCAUGGGCCCGUGGCCUCUGUGCGCAUCGCGGUUGACCGGUCCCACAAGUCCCGGGGCUUUGCGUUCGUCCAGUACGAAAAGGCGGCAGACGCAGCCGCGGCCAUCGACGCGCUGCACGGCCUCGUGCUCGAGGACCAGCUCUUCAAGGUCAGCAUUGCGCAUGCGUCAGCGCCACGCAAGACGAGCCUCACGCGCAAGCACGCAGCCGAAGACGACGAGAGCGCGCAGCAUCACGGCAAGCGCCAGCGUGACGACGCGGGCCAGCGGGUUAUCGCCAAACCGAUGGCGCUUCUCGAACCGACGACCUUGGACGACAGCACGACGGUCGAGGCGGUUGUUGCAGCGCUCUUGUCCGAGAUGGUCGAUGGCCUUGAAGCCGCCACGACGCCGCCCAAGCCGUCGAUCGUAAAGCGCAAGUGCUUUAGCCAAGAGUCGACGCGCUUCAAGCAGCCAAAGCGCGGGACUGAGCCGUCGCCACCGACCGACGUGCGCAAGGACAAGCCAUCGGCCGAGCCCGACGCCCGCGCGCAGCUCAAGCGCGUGAGCUUGAAAGCUGACACUCCUAGUAGCCUCAAGCGUGCCGAGAAGAAGCGCGCGCCGCCAAAACAACCGCCGGCGCGCGUCAAGCUCUUCGUCACGAGCCUCUUGGACUACACGCACCAGGAACUCGACGCGAUGUUUCGCGUCUACGGCGACCUCGACAGCGUUGCGCUCGUCCCGUGCCAAGGCAAGCUGCGGACGAUGGCGUACGUGGCCUUUACCAAGGCGUCGACCGCCCACAUGGCCAUCGAGUCAUUUCAAGAGGAUGCGUCGUCGCUGCUCACGGUGGUGCUGGCCGACUCGCCACCGCGACGCCCGACGCUGCAGCGACCGCCGGAUGCGUAUUUUGCUGCACCACCAGAACGCAGUUGGCUUCUCGUCGAGUACGAAGCGACGCUAUCGACUGCGAUGCUGUCGCAGUGCAUGUCGUCGUGCCCUGGCAUGGUGCUCAUGGACAUCAAGAUCAGUGGCGAUACCAAAGCAGCCAAGGGGGUGGUCUAUGUCAAGUUUGCGUCCGAGCGACAUGCGCGCGCUGCCAUUGAAUUGCUAUCGGCCCACGCAAGCAUUGGGACGCUGGAACUGAUCCCGGAUCCGUCGAGCGCAUACCUCGCACCGCCCCUCGACGUGGACCUUCACGCAGUCGAGAGCCAGUUCGCCCACUUGAUGUCGACGCGGCCGUACGUGCCGCCGCUGCACGCGUACCCGAGCGCGUACCCGCGGAUCGAACCCGCCUACCCCGUCUACGAGUACCCGCCGUACGCGCCGCCCAUGUAUAUGGCCCCACCCUUGCCGACCGAGAGCGUCGGAACCAAAGGCAUUUGGCUCCACAUCACGUCGACGUCGCCGACAAUGCCCUUGUGCCAGGCCGCGCUCGAGGAAGCACUCGCACCGCUCGACGUACUGCAGCUGGUUGUCGACAGUGACACGGACGCGUCGGCCAAGUUUGCGGACGCCAACGAUGCGCUAUUGGCCAUCCACGCGCUGACGCAACCCGGAUCGGCAUACCACGUCAAGCUCAGUCGGACGCCGUCGUCGCUGCGCGUCAACAAGAAGGCCAAGACGCACGUCUGGCCGCACGGCUAAUUGAGCGCUUGCGCGACGACCGUAACCCUAUUGUAACAAAAUCGUCCCAUCGGUAAGGACACAACAUACGACUAC